AUAAUAAUAAAAAACAAUUCCACAACAACCAUUAGACUUGGAAACAGAGCUGUUGGUAGCUUCUCUUGCAACCACAAGGCAGAGAAGUUCUGCUUCCACAUCCACUUUCCCCUUUCCUCAAACCUUCUCGCCAUGAAUCUCCUUCCUCUGAGCGUAAUCCUUCAAUUCUUUGCCCCAUACUGGAACUAUUUAGGGCAGCCCAUUCUAGAAGCUGCUGAUGUUGCAGGGAAGCUGAAACCUCUCGUGGAAGCUAUUAUCCCGCACAUCAGAUAUCUCGGCACGAGUGGAGAAAAUGUGACAGCUCUAACCGACGCCAUGGAUAGAUUGAGAGCUACAAGGGCUGGCAUCCUGCAAGACAUCAACAUCGCCGAGAGAGAAGGGAGCAAGCGCACUCCAGAAGUCGACGACUGGCUCAAGAGGGUGGAAGCGGAAGCAGGUGAAGCGGCCAAAAUGAAAGAAGCCUGCCGGAAGAGGAAGAGGGUGUUGGGAGUCCCCCUCAACUGGGUCUCGAGCUACAAAGAUGGCGAGAGAGCCACGAAGAAGGCUAAGGUGGUGGAGGAGCUGCGAACUGAAGCACGUUCGAUCGUCGUCGCGAGGAAGUUGCCGCCGGCGUCGGUCCAGGAGAUGCCUCCAAUUCCCGGUUUGGUAGCAAUCGAGUCAACUGUGAAGGAAGUCCUGCUCCGCCUGGAUGAUGAUAGCGUGGGCAUCAUCGCGAUUUGGGGCAUGGGAGGGGUUGGCAAGACCACUCUCCUGAGCCGCGUCAACAACAGUUUCCUCCCCGGCAGCGACAGGAGCUCGGAGUUCGACCAUGUGAUAUGGACGGUGGCUUCCAAAGAGCGUACUCUGGAGAAGCUUCAGAAGGGAAUAGCCCAAAAAUUAGGACUGAAUCUGGAGGUCCGCCGACAGCCAGCGGACACGGUCCUCUUCGAGUACCUCAAGAGCAAGAACUUUCUGCUGCUGCUGGAUGACCUGUGGAGAGGCUUCGAGCUGGAAGAUGUGGGGAUCCCACGUCCCGGCUUCGGAGGGAAUCAAUGUAAGCGCAAAGUCAUACUCACCACCAGAUCGCAGGACGUGUGCAGCAAAAUGAGAGCCGUGGAGAUCAAGAUGAACUGCUUGGCGCAGCCAGAUGCCCUGGAUCUGUUGAAAUUUCAUGUAGGUGAGCCGACCCUCAGCUCUCACCCUGACAUACCUAACCUUGCAGGAGAGGUUGCGAAGGAGUGCAGAGGCUUGCCGCUUGCCCUCAAGACCAUCGGAAGGGCCAUGAGCAACCGGAGGGAACCAACACACUGGAAGCACGUAAUCGAGCUGCUGAAGGACUCUAAGCAUGCUGAGAUCCAGGAAAUGGAGAUCCUACCGGAGGAAGGUGAAGAACGAGAAUGGUUUCGUAUAUUAAAGCUCAGCUAUGAUUACUUGCAUGAUGACAGGACGAGGCAAUGCUUCUUGUCCUGUUGCUUGUGGCCCGAAAACUAUGAUAUUCGGAAACAAGAGCUUAUAGACUGCUGGAUGGGUCUAGGCUUAAUCGAUGAAUCAAAUGGGAACUUGUUCUGGGGUCACAAACACAUUCGAAUCCUGGAAGCAGUGUGCUUGCUGGAGCCUAGUGAAUUGGAAGGGAGGGUGAGAAUGCAUGAUGUUAUUCGAGCCUUGGCACUAUGGAUCGCUUCCGACUGCGGGCGGAAAAAGAAUAAAUGGUUGGUUCAAGCGGGUGUUGGUCUGAAGGAAGCAAUAGAUGUGAAACAGAAAUGGAUUGAAGCAAAAGCAGCAGAAAGAAUAUCGCUAAUGGAUAAUCGUAUAGCAGUAUUGCCCCACUUUCUUCCUGAUCCUCCAAGUCUUAAAGUCUUGAUGCUCCAGAGGAACAUCUCUCUUAGACGGAUCCCACCUGACCUUUUCCAAUGCAUGCCUGCUCUAACUUACUUAGAUCUAUCCUAUACCAGCUUGGAGGAGUUACCGAAAGAGAUUGGCAUACUAGUUCAGUUGCAGUAUCUUAAUUUAUCCUCUACAUACAUCAAAGCAUUGCCGAAGGAGCUAGCAUGUCUUAAAGAGCUGAAGUACUUGUUACUGAGAUAUACAACUCUUCUCUUCGAAAUACCUCGUGGUGUGAUAUCAAAUCUUACUAAACUGCGGCUGCUUGAUCUCUAUGGAACCAAGAAUGUAGACUGGCAAGCUGAAGGUGGCAGAGGUUGUGGUAAUGAAGAGAAUACAGCAAGUUUGGAAGAGCUGGAAGAACUGAACUCGAAGGUGAUGUUAUCGACCACUCUUGGAAUUAUGGUAAAUGCAGUGCCGGCCCUCCAAAUGCUCUCCAGGUUUGACAACGUAGUUACCCGGCACCUCUGCAUAAGGGGGAUGAGCAGCUCGGCAUCCAUCCAGUUGACACCAUCCAUCGUCAAAGCCCAACUUGCUAGCCUCAAAAUGUUGAAGAACCUGCAGAAGCUAAUGAUCGAACACAAUGAGUCCUUGGUCGAGCUGGAGGUGAAUGGUGAGGACCAGGAUCAUGACGUGGAUUGGCGACUUCCACAUCUUGACCAUCUUCGACUCCGUUACCUCAAGAAAUUAAACGUGGUAAAUUGGACGAAAGUGUCGAUCUCAGAUUUCCUUCCGCAGCUGCGUUAUGUGAUAAUUGAAUUCUGCGAUGAGUUAGAGAAUGCUAAUUCGGUUCUGCUGCUCCCACGACUCGAGAUUCUAGCGAUACAUUCGUGCCCCAAAAUGCAGCGAGUGAUCGAUGAAUUAGUAGGUAACCAUGUUGGCUAUAACUCGGCACCUGCCUUCCGUUGUCUUAGGAAAUUGUCUCUGUAUAAAUUAGGAAGCUUGACUAGCAUCUGUGAUCAGGCAAUCAGUUUCCCUUCUUUGGAAAUUGUUGAAAUUGGUUGUUGUGACGAGCUGAAGCAGCUGCCCGUCAAGAUCAUGGGGGGCAACUUACGGAAGAUAUGUGGCGAGGAAGGAUGGUGGCAACGCUUGCAGGAUGAGAACGUGAAAGCCUCCCUCCACCCCUAUUUCACAAAACGUUAUGUUAGAGUAAAUGACUCAUAUUUGAGUGGUACAGUGGUAUUCUAGAAAGACAGACAGAUGCCGGCGGAGUGGAGUGAAGGGAGCGUAAGUGCACUAAACUAAAUGGAGCGAAGCGACGACAUCUGCUUGCCUUUGGGGCAAUAAUCUACUGUUAGUUUAUCAGGAACACUGAUAGGGGUUGGGGGUGCAGGGGGCAAUGCCCCUGCAAUAUUGUACAAGGGUACUUUGGGACUUCAAAAAUAUAUGUACCAGGCUAGGAUUAGUAUAAAUACGUUGUAACCUUUGUUUAUUUGCACAUAGUGAAAAGCACAGCCAUUUCGCUCACGUGGAUGUCGGCACACUGCUGACCACGUAAAAUCUCGGUGCCAAUUAUCUCCGGCUCUUUCUCUCUUUAUUCUUCGUACCAUUCACCAUGGGUGCUGCGCUUAACUUUACACGUUAUUAGUUGGACUAGAUCCACCGUGGACCUAGGGUGGGAAAGGGUGGUUGCCUAGAAUGCCUUCACGAAGAAAUGGAACAUUGAAGAAUGGUUGAUAUGAGGGUAGAUGGCCAUUA